GUACUCCAACCUUUCGCAGCGACGGUCAAAGCGACACAUAGCUAACCUGACAUUCUCAUUCGUGGAAACGAUUCAUGCCUUGACGGUUAUACUUCUUCUUUUUCAUCCAUCUGAUUUGCGAUAUUCACGUGGAUGAUGGACCCGACAUCUGACUUGCAACGAGCAGAAAAGCCUCCGAAACGACGGUGUCUACAGGAAAAAAUGACUCCAUUGACGAUAAAUGUAUCUCAGGCGAAAUGGGGAGGAUCUCAGGUGCUAGAGGAGAGCACGAAUUCGAGCAGCUGGACCUCUGCUUCAAGUUCGUCUUUCAUCUACACUCCCGACCCAGACACCAGCUACACAUUUGGCGUACCGAACCCGACGACUGUUAAAGUAGCCCCCCCUACUCCACCAUUGACGACCCCUCUGCGCCGAACGCGAGCCGAGAUAGCCCGUCAACGCCGGUAUUCUCAGGCAGAAGAGGCUCUCGCCCUCACUGCCCAGCUGACGCUUCAGGAAACUUCCCAAACGGAGUUGCAGAUCCGUACUCUCGAACAAGCUGCUUCUCUGCUCAAUUCCCGCUUGGAGGACGCACAGGAGCGCUCAGCCAAACUUCGUUCGCUGCUGAAUGACCGGGAGACAGAUCCUGCAACAUUCGAAUCACUCAAGCGGGAACGGUGGAUGGAAGAACACCGGAAGGCUUUGGCGGAGGAGGAAUCUCGGGCUAUACACGUGCAACUCGCCUCUUUGACCAAAGGCAAUAACGCUGUCUACGAGAGCCAUGUCGGUUCAUCGAGACACCAAGCAAACCUUCUCCGUUACCUCCAAUCUUCGAAUACCAGACGACCCAUCCAUCCAAUACAUACCGAGGCCACCACUGUUGGGGAACGUGCUGCCCGACGGAUCACGCUUGGCGAAGCUUCGCCGGCGCGCCUCCGUAUGUCCAUCGGGUCGAGGCACGCUCGAUCCCUGUCCAUGGAUCAGAAGCCCCGCGACCGCUCAACUUCGCCGUUGAAUUUCAAUCCGAAAGUGUUGAAGAACCUCGUCUCAACAGCAGAUUCUCCGUCGUUAGACAUGCUGACUGAAGACGAAGACUGCGAUAUGUCGAACGAAAUUCAUUCCUUUUCGACAGCUGCCCCAGUGACACCUCGCCACUCCUCAUCGGUUUCACCGCUAUCACGCAAACUCAAAUCCACUGUCAGGGAGGCAUGUGGCACAGCGACUAUCCACACGCCAGUUGCUGUUAAAACACGCACUACCGCCGACAUAUUGGCCGACCUUCCUCCGGUGGCACUCCCUGUGUAUGCUGUUGACCUCCUUGGAGAUUUUGAGGAGCAAAGAACGCCCACUUUGAAGCUAUCGAGAGAUCAAGCAAUGCGAAUGUCCAGAGAUAGCCGACGGUCAAGGGACACUGCGCCACGGCCGUCACUGGCAUUUUCAGAAUGGGAAGUUCUUUCGACGACUUCCUCCACUAUUGUGGAUCCCUUUUCAGCAACAUCCUCAUCCUCGUACAUCGCACCAUCUACCCCUCGUCCACUAUCAAAGCCGCUUCCUCCCAUGAUUGAAUCAUCCAUCGGCUCUGAACCUUCCCCAUGCACAACUCAUCAGCCAAUCAAAACCCGCCAUUCCUCCACAGAACCAAUACUCGAGCCUCCUCCUUCACCUACUCCUGCUCCUCGUCAUUCCGUAAAGUCUCUCUCAGACUCAGACAACAUCCCCUUACCCGUUCCUCGGCGGUUAGCAAGAUCUCGUCUGUCAAUAGGCGAGCCUGUCGUCUCGCCAGACGUUUUUAAUAAGCACAUUCGCCGACCCUUUUCGUUCGGUUUUUUCAAGCAAGGGGGAACGACAUCUCCCUCACGGCUGUUGUCCGUGAUACCUGAAUCCGCACCUUCAACAACCAAACGCGAAUCUUCCCCGUUGAAGAGGAGGCUGAAAAUGUUUUUCUGAUGCUUUGGACAAAAACACUUUUUUAUAUACUGGUCCUAUUGUACGCGCAUACUUAGAUCUUGGUUGUAUAUAUGCUAGAAUGCUUUCUAAUUCUCUGUGUGUGUGCUCUCUCUCU